GCUCAAGAAUGGAUAGAAAGCGUGGAAACUAUGUAGUGAAUGUGGAGCCCUCUGGAAAGCAGGCGCCAAGCAUGGGUACACAUGGCCAAGAAGCUCAGCAUCCCUCAUGUUGGCAUCCACCUUCAAAUGACAUAACUGGAAAUGUCUCCUCUAACUUGUCCGGGGUCUGGGUGAGCCCAGGAAUCCUUGCACAUUCAGAAUGCCAGCACCCAGAGCCCUGCAGACCACAGGUGGCUGGAAAUAGCUGCGGUGACUGGUCUUUGUGGAAAGUCUUCCUGGCUUGCCUCUUAGCCUCUGUGCUAACAACAGCAAUUGGAGUACUCAUACUAAGCUUGGUGAAUAGAAACAACUCCCCCAUUGUUAUCCAGUUAUCGCCAAACACUGAAGCCCUAACAGUUACACCUCAAACAACCUCUACUACUUCCCAAACAACUGCAAUCACUUCCACAGGGUUGACAACCACAUCCCCUGAAGCUACAACCACAACAGCCACCUUAACUUCUACUGAACCAGCAGGGACAUCCACUGCAGUGUCCACUGAAGCUAGUACCACAACAACCAUGGCCAUGACUUCAACUCAACCUGUGACCACAACAGCCACCACCACAACUCCAUCUGUGCCCACAAGCACAGCCACCUCAACACAGCCCACAACCUCUCCUGCAUCCGCGGAAACAUCAGCCACAACCAUUGAUUCGACUCAACCUGAAACCACAUCAGGCUCAUUCAAAAUCAAGUGAAACCACACCCACCGCUAGUGCUACAGAAGUUCCAGUUCCCAAA